AUCCCUACCAUAGAAUCUCUCCCAAAAUAGCCCCCUCUCGGCUCUCACCCCCUCCGUUCUUCUCUUUCAUGAAAAUAUAUUAUUUGUUAAUCCCUUUGUCUCCUCAGAUUACAUUAUAGUCACUUCAAACACCGAGCAUCACUCUCGCUCGCACAUGGGUGGUGCGCCUUCUUUCAAGCCAUUCACCAGAUUUUUCUUAUUCUUCUUCGUCCUCCCCACCACAAUCAUACUCCUUGCACCGACUGCUGCUGGUGAAACCCCAUCUUCUCCUUUAGGCUGGACCGAUUAUGAAAACGCCACGGGAAAAAAUCCGCCUCCGCCUCCGCCGCCAUCGGGAAGUCAACGUGGCGGAGGAGGAAGAGGGUCUCCGUUUAAGCCGAGCGUGGUCGUUCUAGUUGGGGUGAUGACAACCCUGUUUUUUCUUACCUUCCUCCUCCUCCUCUAUGUUAAGCACUGUAAACCAGAGGAGGAGCCGCUAAGGAAUUCGCAUACAAGCGCUGGUUAUUCAGGGAGGAAGAACUCCGGCAUUGACAGGGUGGUGAUCGAGUCGUUACCCAUUUUCAGAUUCGGAUCGUUAAGGGGCCAAAAAGAGGGGCUUGAAUGCGCCGUUUGCCUGACCCCGUUUGAGUCCGUGGAGGUUCUUCGGUUGCUUCCAAAAUGCAAGCACGCCUUCCAUGUCGAGUGCGUGGAUACGUGGCUGGACGCGCAUUCCACUUGCCCGCUUUGCCGGUACCGGGUCGACCCAGAAGACAUCCUCCUGGUUGGGGACGCCAAAAUUUGGCCGCAGAAUCAACCCAUUCCACCGAUACAAGAGAUUUCUGAAAAUCCGCAGCAUUGUACAGACAUAGAGAGCGGCCUUGGACAGGAUUCACAGAAUCUGUUCGAUUCAAACUCGAUUCUAAGGCGCGUCUCCGGGAGGCACUCAUCCGUAGGGGAGAGAGGAGGAGGAGGAGGAGGGGCUGGUGGUGGUGGGCUCUUAAAGAUUAUAUUCCAGCAUCGAAUCAGCGUGGACGGCGAAACGACGCCGACGCCAAGGCAGAAGAAAACGGCGCUGCUUAGGAUGUCACUGGACAGUGCAAUGUCGACGAAGAGGAAAAGAAACGAGACCGGUAAAGCAAGGGAAGGCAGUGAGUGCGAUGGCGCAAGAAAAGAUGGGUUACUGCUUACGGAGAAGGAGAAGAAGCACAGGGUGGAACACAGGAUCAUAGUGUCUCCGUCAGAAAAGGCGAACGGGCUUAAUCAGAGAUGGAGCGACGUACAGCCGUCGGACUUACUAUACCUGACGUCGGAGAUGAUACUGAGCGAAUCGCGUUCCUCAUCGGGGCCGUCGCUUCCAGGGCCUCAGCAACAGAAUGUGCAGCUGCCACUGUACCGGAGCACAGGAGAUACGCGUACGGGGGCAAUAAAUGUGAGGAGCUUGUCGGAAAUCACGGGAUUGAGCAGGACGAGGAGAGAGGAAGGGGAGCAUCGUCAUCGUCGGGCAGAAGAAGAAGAGAGACAGGCGGGAGUAGUAUCGAGAUGGUUGGCCUGGAUCUCUCAGUCGCAACGAUCUGUACGGUAGCCAUUGAAUUCUCGUCUCGUCUAGUCUCAGCUCAUACGGAGAAUGCUCUUUCUGACAAAAACGUACUGCCCAUUAAAUUUUAGUUGUAACUUUAGCAUUGGCCUU